CGAUGGGGCACUAUUCCUCCCCCCACUGACACCAACGAUGGGGCACUAUUCCUCCACCCCACUGACACCAACGAUGGGGCACUAUUCCUCCCCCCACUGACACCAACGAUGGGGCACUAUUCCUCCACCCCACUGACACCAAUGAUGGGGCACUAUUCCUCCCCCCACUGACACCAACGAUGGGGCACUAUUCCUCCCACUGAUACCAACGAUGGGGCACUAUUCCACCCUCCACUGACACCAACGAUGGGGAACUAUUCUUCCCACUGACACCAAUGAUGGGACACUAUUCCUCCCACU